ACGAUUACCAACACUCUCACAGAAAAAAAGUAAAUAAUAGAGUAAAACAAAUUGAAUAAUAUAAUAAAGCAGUCCUUGAAGACGCACAAAAAUUACAAACACAAAUUAUUCGAAAUAUUCAAAGUGAAGGUCAAAGUUAAAAAUGUCUACAGAAGAGUUGCAAGCUGAUUUGGAUAAACUAAAAAUAACACAAAAAGAUGAACAAAUCAAAGUGUGCACCAGAAAUCCAUUUUACAGCCCAAACAUGACUUUGUGUUCCGAGACAACAGUGGCACCAAUUCAAAGUACAAAACAAUUAAUUCACUGCAAGAUGCGUCGAAUACGACGAAGGUCAGAGAGCAACGUGGAUGACUUCGAAAGCCACAAACAAUUGGAUUCUGCAAUUUGUGCAGAUCAUUUCGACAUUGUGAAUCCUCUGCGUUGCCAGUCCGGAGUGCAUAAGCUCCAUUUGAAACGGACCAAUUUCGCCACAUCGAAAAGAAAUCUUCUGCGUGAACCAAUUUUACGGCUCACCCACGACAAUCAUCUGCACACGAAAUGUGUUUUUGGUAGCCGUGGGAUGCGUCGAAUGUUCCCAUUGAAUUUCGAUGAGAGGAGUCGCUCCACUUUUCAUAAGCCCCGAUCAAAUAGCAUUAAAUCUAGUAUAGGUGGAAAUUGUAGCUUUCGGGAUCUGAUAAGCGAAUGCAAUAUCCUGCUGGAUGAAUCGAAAUCGAAGAAAGCUAUUUUGGAUAGCACCUGGCAAAUGUCAAAAAACUUUCAGACAUGCCAAAAAAGUGAAAUCGCAUCGUCAGCAGCCAGCAGCAGUUGCGAAUACAUUGAGGAUCAGGAUCACGGACCUAAUUUUCGGCAGCGACCCAUCAUUAGCACAGGCUCGAGACUCUCAUGCUCCCAGGAGGCAAGCAAUAAUCCACCAAAUUCAAGGAAUGGCGACGAUGUCACCAUUGUCGAGUUAGCCAGCUACUUCGACACAAUGGUGCACAUUCCUAAAAAGAUGUCCUCGAUGGCGGAAAUGAUGUAUAUUUAAUUACUGGCACUGCCAAAAUUACAUUUAAUUUACUUAGUAUAUAUUUGUGUAUACAUAAUUCAAUUUCACUGUUUUCUUGUACAUACAUCUAUAUGUAUAUAAACAAAGAAAUAUUUAUAUGAGUGUCAUUAGAUUAAAUCUAAAUCUUUAUGAGCUGUACAUACCGAUAUUGUUAAUGAUAAGACUAACUGCGGUAUCAAAUUAAAAUUGUGUAAUAAUAUU